GGGGGGACCAUCGGCAUGUGCUCCUUCCCCAUCCUCCUGCAGCAUUCCUGUGAUGAUGGACUUGAUGAUUUUAAGGGUCUUUUCCAGCCUGGUUUGAUUCUGUACCAGGCUGUGCUUGACCCCGGGCAUGCUCAAGCCUCUGAGACCCCACCAAAACCCCAGAGGAGCCCUGGGCAGAUGGGGGUUCUCUCCACGCUGCCUCAGUGCAGAGCCCAGCCCUCAUUGUCCCACCUUGCUUACUGCAUGCAUUGCUCUGGUGGACCACGCGCUGGCCCUCGGGCUUGCUGGUGGCGUGUCCAGCACCCCAGUAACUUGCUCUGUUCCCUCCUAGCCACCACGAUGCCCCUGUCCCAGAGCAAGGCCGGGCAGAUGCCGUGCAACAGCAAGGUCUGCAGGAACCUCUUUGGCCCCGUGGACCACCAGCAGCUCCAGCAGGACUUGGAGAGCCUCUUGAAGCAGAACCUGGAGGAAGCUCAGCAGCGCUGGAACUUUGACUUCGAGACGGAGACUCCCUUGGAAGGAUGCUUCGAGUGGGAGAGGGUCUUCCUGCCUGAGGAGCCGCCCCAGGAGCUCCACAGCCUGGUCAGGGCCACCAGCGGCAAGAGCAGGAGCUCCUUGGCCCCCUCCAGCGAGCCCCUUGGCCGGAUUUGUCCCGAGGGAUCUCAGCAGAGCUCGGGGGUUCACAGGGCUGGUGCCCCCCGGAGCUUGAAGCGUGGGCAGGCCACCAUCAAAGACUUCUACAGCUCCAAGCGAAGGAUCAUCCCUGAGAAGCCCAAGCCGUGACGUGGUGCUCGGCUCCUCUGCCAUCGGGGACAGCUGCUGAUGUUCCCUGGGGGUGUCCAUGGCUCUUUCCCCCCACUCUGUACUGUGUAAGCUGUCUAUGAAGCAAUGUAGAGUCUGUA